AUGGAAGCGUCAUCUUUAUCCACAGUUACACCACAACCGUUAUCGCCACCGUGGGUAGAGCUUCCGUUGGAAAUCACGAUGGACAUUCUGCAGCGGCUGGGAAAGAUAGAGAUACUGAAUUGUGCACAAAGAGUUUGUACUGCCUGGUGGAAGGUGUGCCAUGACCCCGCUAUGUGGCGUGUUGUUGACUUGAAAUAUGACGACGGUGAUAAUUUAAAAAUGCCUAGGGUGUUGGACAACAUAUGUCGGAUUGCGAUGGAUCGUAGCCAAGGCCAGUUACUUAAAGUCAGCAUAGAGUAUUUUGGUAACGAGGACAAGCUCAACUAUAUUGCUGAGAGGUCCAGCCAGCUCAGACAUCUCCGACUUGUCAAGUUUCCCGAAUACUUUCUUAAAGGUAUGGCUGCAGCUGCUAAGAACUGCCCAUUGUUGGAGGAGUUACACAUUUACUUCACCUUAAUUAGUAAAGAUGAUAUAGAAAUUAUUGGUCAUUCUUGCCCUCUGCUCAAGUCAUUUAUAUUGCACCCCGAUCCAUUUGGUUUACUGAGAUAUCUACCAUCACAAGAUAAUGAUAAAGCUUUAGCUAUUGUCAGAAGUAUGCAAUUCAUGCCUGAAUUGCGGCACCUUGCUCUCAUUGAUAAUAACUUGACAAAUGAAGGAGUGCAAGCCAUUCUUGAUGGCAGUCCGCACCUUCAAUCGCUUGACUUGCGCUGCCGUUAUAUCGAUCUUGAAGGGGAUUUAGGAAGAAGAUGUAGACAACAGAUUCUAUAUUAUGAGAUUUUGCAUUACCUUUUUGCUGACGAUGAAUGCAGAUCUUUGUUCUCCAAUAAUGCUAAUGAUGACUACGAUGACGUCUUCGGCUUCUGGGACGACUAUCAUGAUCAGUAUAUAUAUUAUGUUGAUGAUUGCUAUUAUGAUUCUGAUUAG